AUGGCAUCUACAAGCCCAGUCAAAGUUCUACAAGCACCACAUACUGGUAUCACUGUGCGAUCACUCCCACGCGCCAUCCACUUAUUCCAAAACAUCUUAAACCUUCGAAUUUUACGGACCAGUCAUCUCUGCCCCCCGGUCUCAACAGUCGUUGGACACCCUGAAGCGGAGAUUGAUAUUGCCUUGGUUGAGCUUCCAGGCGGACAUCUUAUUGAGCUCCUGGAGUACUCAUCGCCACCGAAGGCCGAGCAACAGGAACUAAAGCCUUAUAGCUGGGAUUUAGGGAGCUGGCAUUUGUGUCUGACCGUUGAAAGUUUGGAGGAAACCCUACAUGCUCUAGAAAGCGACGAAGUAGCCUGGACUCAGCUUACUGCACCGCAAGUAUUACAACAAGGCCCGAAUGCCGGCAGGAAAGUGGUCUAUGUGCGCAACGAGGAUGGUCUGACGCUGGAACUGUUUGGGUGA